AUGGAGAAUUCAGCAAAAGAAAACGCUCAGUUGUUCUCAAAAACCAUAAUCCUGCCAAUUGACAGGUCUUCAUCUAAAUCUGAAUCUUCUGCUUCCAAGGAGAAACAAACGUGCUGUGGAGGUAUAAAGAUAUUUCUUGGCGCAUUAUCCUUUGUUUACUUCGCUAAAGCAUUGUCAGGAAGUUAUCUAAAAAGUACCAUCACCCAAAUAGAAAGAAGAUUCGAUAUCCCUUCUUCUUUGGUUGGUGUUAUUGACGGCAGCUUUGAAAUUGGGAAUCUCCUAAUCAUAAUUCUUGUAAGCUACUUUGGAGCGAAACUUCAUAGGCCAAAGAUAAUUGGAGUUGGUUGCCUAAUAAUGUCAGCUGGAACCUUUCUAAUUGCGAUGCCCCAAUUCUUUAUGGGACGCUAUAGGUAUGAGAUAUUUUCUUCCUCCACCAAUUCUACUGUCAGCAUCUCCCCAUGUCUACAGGAUAAAAGCCAAAUACCACUCUCAGUCUUAGAAAGGUCUCAAGCCAAAAUAAAUGCAGGAUGUGAAAAAGAAGUUGGAUCAUCCAUGUGGAUCUAUGUUUUGCUGGGGAAUCUUUUGCGUGGGAUAGGGGAGACUCCUAUCCAGCCUUUGGGAAUUACGUAUAUUGACGAUUAUGCCAGCGAAGAGAGUGCUGCUUUCUACAUUGGGUGUGUACAGACAGUUGCAAUUAUAGGCCCAAUAUUUGGUUUUCUUUUAGGAUCCCUCUGUGCCAAACUAUAUGUUGACAUUGGCUUUGUAGACUUGGACAGUAUAACAAUAACUCACAAUGAUGCCCGAUGGGUAGGAGCUUGGUGGCUUGGUUAUUUAAUAGCAGGUGUGUUAAGUGUUCUGGCUGCCAUCCCAUUCUGGUUCUUACCAAAGCACCUGCCAAGACCAGAAAGCAGAAAGGAUUCCAGUACCUCCUCUGAGCAGUCAAAGUUCAUUAUUGAAGAUAACAGCGAGCAUCACAGAUCUUAUGAACAGCAAUUAAAGAUACUUGAAAUGGCGAAAGAUUUCCUGCCAUCAGUGAAGAACCUCUUCGGAAAUCCAGUUUACUUUCUAUAUUUGUGUGCAAGCAUCAUUCAGUUCAAUUCUUUAAUUGGCAUGGUAACAUAUAAACCAAAAUAUAUUGAGCAACAGUAUGGGCAAUCAUCUUCAAAAACGAAUUUUGUUAUAGGUCUUAUCAACAUUCCUGCUGUGGCCUUUGGGAUAUUCUCAGGAGGACUGAUCAUGAAAAAAUUCCGGAUUAAUGUUUUGGGGGCUGCAAAGCUAUCCUUGGGAUCAUCCUUCUUUGGUUACCUCUUGCUACUUUCAUUAUUUGCAAUGGGCUGUGAGAACUCAGACGUGGCAGGACUGACUGUGUCUUAUGAAGGAACGAAACAGGUCUCUAGCUAUGAAGAAACCCUCUUUUCUGAGUGCAAUUCGGGAUGCAUAUGUUCAAAAAAUGAAUGGGAUCCUAUAUGUGGGGAAAAUGGAAUCACCUACGUGUCGGCGUGUCUUGCUGGUUGCAAAACAUCCAAUGGAAGUGGAAAAACCUCUGUGUUUUAUAAUUGCAGCUGUGUGGGAAUUACAGCGUCUCCAUCAAGAAGCUCCUCAGCGGUGAUGGGAGCAUGUCAAAAAGGAAAUGAAUGUCCAAAAAUGUUUCUGUAUUUUCUGGUAAUAUCAGUCAUCACUUCAUAUACUUUGUCAAUAGGUGGUACACCUGGAUACAUAUUACUUCUAAGGUGCAUUAAACCACAACUAAAAUCUUUUGCGCUCGGUAUUUAUACCUUGGCAAUAAGAGUUCUUGCAGGAGUCCCAGCCCCUGUGUAUUUUGGAGUGUCAAUAGACACCACAUGCUUGAAAUGGGGAAGCAAAAGGUGUGGGGGAAGAGGAGCGUGUAGACUAUAUGAUUCUAAUGCAUUUAGAUACAUAUAUUUGGGAUUAACCGUGGUCUUGGGCACCAUGUCCGUUUUCUUGAGUAUUGCGGUCCUUUUCGUCUUAAAGAAAAGGUAUGUUCCACAAGAUGAAAACAUCGCAGCCAAUGGAGGGAGAGGAAUGGUCUCGGUGCAAAACAGAAAAGAUAAUUUUGUCAAUAGCGACUAUUUAAUUCAGACAACCUACUGGCCAGAAAAGGAAACUCGACUUUAG